AUGAAAUUUGGUAAGGGGCAUUGGACAAGCAUUGCUCGGUAUGUUCUGCUGACAAAAACUCGUUCACAAAUUGCUAGUCACGCCCAGAAACAUUUUCUUCACCUCCGUGACAAGGAAAAGAAAAAAAGAUCAAGUAUUCAUGACAUAAAUUUAGAGAAUGACUUUGUCUUGGAACAUGUCAAGAAAAACAACCAUCCAAUUCAACCGUUAUACGAAGUGCACCAAGCAAGAGAAAUUAUGGGCUUACAAAAUGAUAACUUGGUUCCACACAAUCCAAUAGAACAAAUACACCAGAAUCUACAACCACAACAAUUGGCAAUCUUCGAAGAUAAUUUGGCAUUUCACCACAUUCAACAGCAGAGUUUGCCCCCCUCAAAAGUGCAACAAUUACCACACCACAUUGACCAACAUGACUUGGCUCCUGUCUCGGAUAUACUCCAAUUCUCAUCAAAUAAUUACAUUAACCAGGAGGGGUUACAAGAUCUUUGGGUUACACCAUUAUAUCCUCAAAAUCAGCAAUUUUCUCAUUUCAUUGACCAGGAUGGCUGGGCUCCAAGUUCAAAUCAAUAG